ACGAUGGAUCAAGGAAAUAAUUCUGUCAUAACAGAAUUCAUCCUUCUGGGAUUCACACGUGAUCCAAAAAUGCAGCUCCCUCUAUUUAUGGUCUUCCUACUGAUUUAUGUCAUCACUGUAAUCUGGAACGUGGGGAUGAUUGUCUUAAUUUGCGUUGAACCUCAGCUUCACAACCCCAUGUACUUUUUCCUGGCCAACCUCUCUUUUGCUGACCUCUGCUACUCCUCAGCCAUUGCUCCCAAAAUGCUGGCUGACCUCUUAGUUGAGACCAAAAGGAUUUCAUUCAAUGCCUGUGCUAUACAGCUAUAUAUACUUUCCUUUUUUGUAGAUGUUGAUUGCCUUUUGCUGGCUUUGAUGGCCUAUGACAGGUACAUGGCCAUCUGCAACCCCCUUCACUACUCAGUCCUUAUGUCCAAAAGAGUCUGCGGGCGGCUGAUGGCUAUGGCUUACUUCAUAGGCAUUGUGGAUGCAAUGAUACACACUUGCUGUACAUUCCAACUACCAUUCUGCAAGUCUAAUAUCAUCAAUCACUUCUUCUGUGACGAGCCUCCUCUUCUGUUGCUCUCUUGCUCUGACACAUACAAAAAUGAGCUUAUGGUAUUUAUCUUCUUUGGCUGCAUUUUAGCCAGCAGCCUUGGCAUGGUUCUUGUUUCCUACAUCUACAUCUUGGGCACGAUCGUGAGAAUGCGCUCUGCUGAAGGCAGACGCAAAGCCUUUUCUACCUGCGCCUCCCACCUUACGGCCGUUGGGAUAUUCCAUGGGACGAUGCUCUUCGUGUAUUUUCGGCCCAGUUCCAGCUAUUCCUUGGACCAAGACAAAUGGGCCUCGGUGUUCUAUACGGUAGUGAUCCCCAUGCUCAAUCCUCUGAUCUACAGUCUGAGGAACAAGGAUGUGAAGGAUGCCCUGACAAAGGCACUUCACUCCCUGCCACUGAGUAUCUCAGAGUAA